AUGGUUCAUUUCGACCCGAACGUGCGCAUGGGCAGUCCAAGUAGUCUCCCAUAUGACCCAGACCAGGAUGCCGCUGAAAAACGUGACAUCCGGAAAAAAUAUCGUGCUCUUGAAAAGAGGACAGGAGAUCAACUUCGACCACAAGACAUAAUGGCUGCUGAACUCGUUGAACACGUCGAAGAAGCCGAUGAACUGUUCCAAAAAGUGAAAAAUCCGACCGAGGCUACACUUGAUUCCACUGUACUUCGGAAUGUAUCAAGUAUUAGUGCGCAGAAGGCCCGCGCAAUGAAACUUGGCUCUGCCGCCUUCGACGUUGAUGACUUCGUCUCCAAACUUGCUAUAUUUAUGGGUGGCAGGCACGAACUUGCAGACGAUGCUUCGGAACUAGAUGACAUCGGUGACUCCGUGAUGGACUGGGAGAAAAUUGGUCGAAGAGCACUGGCAAAGAGCAGAAGGGUCCCAGUAAUGGGAUUUAUGCUUGGACCUCUUUCAGUAGAACAAAAAAAACGCGCCCAGGUCAAACGUGCAAAGCUUGAGAAGAGCAAAGAAGAAGAGCGCAGACCUCAGGAGAUCAAAGAAGAAGACAUCCAGCGAUCAGAGAACGAAACCACGAAGAACGUAAUCAAGGUUAGAGAAAUUCUUGAGGAGUCUGGUGCUGUGAACCUCUUCCGCUUUGUAAUCAACCCCAAUGACUUCGCACAAUCUGUUGAAAACAUAUUUUACCUCUCUUUCCUCAUCCGAGACGGGCUUUGUGCCCUCGAAAUCGACGAUAACGGAGAACCAAUCAUAUUCUUAUGCGAAGCACCUAGUGCACAAGAUCGCGCGGACGGGGUAACGUGUCACCAAAUAGUUAUGGAGUUUGACAUGGCUACAUGGAGGCGUGCUAUAGAAGUUUUUGAGAUCACUGAGUCUAUGAUACCCCAAAGACCGGCAGCUAAGACGAGAUUGGGAGGCAAGUGGUAUGGCUGAGAUUUGAACUAGAUUCUGCUGGAUAUAUUGUUACACUGGGUAUUCUUCCACCGUACUGUAAAGUGGAAUCUUAACACGUUCCAUUGCAAUAGGUAUAAUUGUGAUAAUGUUACAGGAUGUCGAUCUCAUUCCGUAAUGAGAAUUUAGGUGGAGUGUAGUAAGUAGAUCUGCCGUUCCCUUCCUAUUAACUGAAUGAACAAUGCCUUGUGCCAUAUAUAAUAAACGAAUGAAUGAGUAAAUGAAUGUCCAAAUAUGUAGGUUGAGAUGCGAGAUUCCGGCUAACAAGACGUGCGAGGCUUGAAGGGGAAUUUCUUGUUCCCAGCAUCAUCGUAUAUGCCAUAGCCAGGCUCCUGGUCGUCGCUGUAGAUAUGGGCGAACCAACCGAUACCACCCUGAGGGCCGAGUUUGAGAUCCUCGCAAUGGCUAUCGAGCAUAGAAAAGUAGCC